AUGGAAAAAUACCAGAGUUCAAAGAUGACCGUCAGCGAAGUUUUGACAAUCGGACGUGAGAGUCUGGAACCCAUCGAUCUUCGUUCUGUAGAAGACACUCCAUGGUAUUUCCUAAGGCAGCUCAUGUCGCUGAACGUGAAUGCACGGAAAGUACACAUAGAGCAAUCACAAUCAGGUCUAACCAUAGACUUUACCAAUCUGUUAUCUGAAACCGAUAACCUAGACCAUUCGGGAGACCUCCAUCUCCUGGAUGUCCUGUGCAUCCUCCUGCAUUGUUCCGACAGCUUUUUGCAACAGGAGAUUGUGACGAAACUGUCCAUGUGCCAGUUCGCUGUGCCACUUCUACUCCCGGCUUGCACUAGUUCAGAGUGCACCUUCAUGUUGUGGGCAUUGAGGGACAUCGUUAAAAAAUGGAGACCCCACUCCCUAGAAGAUAAGAAUGGAUUCAAGGAAGACAAUGUGGUGAAUAUUGCCAUGCCGUUUUUUUCUUUUGUGAGGCUAGAAAAAUCCAGCUUAUCCAAGGCUGCCAUCCUGAACCAAAUUCUAAUACCACCUCAGCAGCAUCAUAACUUCUUCAUACACCGGGACAUGGAAGGUGGAUACAUUCCGAAGAAACUCUCCGAGGGCCUAGUUGAGAUGUCUUGGUAUUUCCCCAAUGGAAAAGGACAGUCUGACAUAUUUCCAGAGCCCAUCGCCGUUACGAACCUUCAUGGCAACAUCUCCUCUUACUGGAGGCAGUUCUGCCUCCUAACCCAGAUAUCGUCUGCAGUUUUCAUAUUUGCAGACAGUAUUAGCGAGGUGGAGUAUGCGCAGUUGUCCAAGCUCGGAGAUACCAAAACCAAAUAUUUCUUUGUUUUCCAAAACCUGGGAACAAAUGGCUCCACGCUACAGUACUUGAAAGGUUUAAACUCGGCGUUAAAAAUUGAUGACAGGCAUUUCAUUUUUAAGAAGAAUAAGAACGAUGCGGCUUUGGUUCAACACCUGCAGAAAAUCAUGAAAGAGUUCAUUGAUAAGCCCACCAAGCCAGUCACCUUGGAGAGGAUGGCAGACACCGCUUGCGAGCUUGGGAUUCGUCUAGACGAGCACUCCAAAGAAUGUAAGUCGGCAAAACAGAGAGCGUUGAAAAUUACGCAGAGGAUCAGGGAUGUUGCGGGGUACAAAAAAGAAACAAUGAAACUGCAAGGGGAUCUUUGUAAGGAACUGGCCAGGACGAGAAAAGAAAUAUGUAGAAUGAGAAAGCAGGGGGAUGAAAAUUCUCAAAACUACAGGGAAAAACAGGAAAACAAGAUGAUGGGUUUAAUAAAGCAGCAGUAUAGGCAAACUACAUCGGCAGGCAUAGAUGCCUUCAAGGAGUCAAUGUCACAGCUCAGUUGUUUAGAGAGAUGCUAUUUUCUGAAAUGGGUGAAGUUUUCUCUCGAUUCGAUUGCUAGAGCCAACCUAUCAAAAUUACAGCACCGGUACAAAGCCAAAGACAGCUUAGCCCCAUCGGACCUCAAACAGCUAGAUCUACUCAUGUCCGAAAGCUCUCUGGGUGUUGAGCACUUCAUACGUGAGUUGGGUCAGUUGUAUGAUGCAGAAUGCUAUCUUCUGAAAAAUAAAGAGAUUCAAAACAAGGAACGGAAAUUUGACAAGCUCCCAGAAAUCGCUGCAGACCUUUUAUUGGAUGGGUUUCCACUGGAACUGAUUGAUGGAGAUGCCUCCAGUAUACCACUAGAGUGGAUAACUAAUGUUUUGAGUGAGCUGGAUAAGCGGACAGGAGGCCACUGCCGAAUUAGAGUAAUAACCGUCCUGGGGGUACAAAGCACAGGGAAAUCCACCCUUCUGAACACCAUGUUUGGUUUGCAGUUUCCUGUGGCCAGUGGGCGAUGUACAAGAGGAGCCUUCAUGACUCUCAUUAAAGUUAAAGAGGACUUUAAGGAGGAGUUAGGCUGUUCUUUUAUUUUGGUACUCGACACAGAAGGUUUAAAAGCUUCGGAGUUGUCUUCUCUGGACGGAAGUUACCAACAUGACAAUGAGUUAGCAACCCUAGUGGUUGGCUUGAGUGACAUUACUAUCAUAAACCUUUCCAUGGAAAACGCGGCAGAAAUGAAAGAUAUUUUACAGAUUGUAGUCCACGCGUUCCUAAGGAUGGAAACCAUUGGCAAGAAACCGAAAUACUACUUCGUACAUCAGAAUGUCGCUGAUGUCUCUGCUAGCGCAAAUUGCUUUAGAGACAUGAGAAAGCUUAUGGAUGAACUCGAUGAAAUGACAAGAACUGCAGCAAAGAUGGAAAAAAAGAGUGGAGUCAAUUCUUUUUCUGAUGUUCUGGAUGUUGAUCAUGAGUACCACAGCUGGUACAUUCCCGGUCUCUGGCAUGGUGUUCCACCAAUGUCUUCAGUAAGUACAGGUUACAGUGAAAAGGUUUAUACGUUCAAAACACACCUAUUACAUGUCAUGAAGACAUCUUUAAGAAAGCCCCAAAUGUUGAGAACGUUUUCUGAAUGGAUAAGAAGCCUGUGGGAGGCGGUCCAAUAUGAAACCUUUAUCUUUAAUUUCAGAAAUAGCCUGGUGGCAGAUGCCUACGAUCAGCUACAUGUUAAGUAUAAUGAACUGAAGUGGGACUUCAGCAAAGUCAUGUUUAAAUGGAUGCAGGAGACAGAAAACCAAAUCAGGAACCAGCCAGAGCCACAGAAAGAGCCAAGCUUGGAUCCAAACGAGAUACUUGAGAGAGAAGAGAAGAACAUGCGGGAAGCUUUAGAAAAGUAUUUUGAAAGCGGAUCUGAAAACGUCAAUCUGAUAGAAAGAUACAGAGAAGAAUUUCUCAGGAGUGUGAGCUCCCUAAAGAAACAACUGGAAGACGGUGUAAGGCAGAGGUUAAACGAAUAUGUACAAAUUCAGAGAGGGAAGACUGAGAUUCAAAGACACCAGAAAAGAUUUAUGGAAGUUAUCGAAAAGAAAGCCGCAGUGAAAUACCAAACCCUCAAGAACCGCAAUAACAGGCUAAAUCACGAUGAAGAGUUUGAGAAAAUAUGGAACGAAACAUUUGUGGAAACAAACCUGAUUAGUCUGAAUGUACGGAACAUCAGUCAAGAAAUCCUACAACUACUUAGAAAAGACAUGCAGCACAGCAUUGGAGGCGUCACUAUGAAGUUAAACGGUAUAGACAACCUGAAGGACUAUAAGAACAGGUGCUUUGCGGCCCAGCCACAUCACUUUGAUAGUGGUUGGUACAACACAGCCUCUAGGACAGUCUCAGUUAACUAUCCUGACAAUCGACUGGUUCAAAUGAACAAGUAUGUCAAUACAUUGCUGCACAAAUAUAAAAUGUACGUCAUUACCAAAAUCAAUACAAAAGAGGAUUACCAUGACACCUAUUGCCAAGAACUCUUAAACAUAGUAAACAGAGAUCUCCAAGAAAGUGCUGCCGAGAAACUCCAUAUCUCACCUCAGUUUGUGUUAGACUUGAAGCUCCACAUUUUGGGGAGGGCGGCUCCAAUGUUCCAGAAGAUGCACGAGGACUUCAUCCAGGAAAACGAUCCAAGGCUUAGCUUGGAAAAGUUAAAACCUCAGUAUCUCGCCACCUUUAAGAACAUAUUCCUUGAGACUGACCAAUGUAAAAAGAGGGCAGAGGACUUUUGCCAUUCUUGCCUGAAACCAGCCAUAAUAGAUUUUAUUUACAAAAACCUCGGGAGAGAAAUUGUGGACGACAUUCUGGUCAGCGAGCACGCCAAGGAAUAUAGUAGUCGGAUGUUUUUCCAGUUCAACCUGCUUAAAAAUUUGCUGGAAGAAGACGACUUUAACGAGUACAUGUUAUAUAUCAUGGAAUACGAAGAGUUUGUGAAGAGCAAACUCCAAAAACAUAUAAAAGGCAAAUUUGGAAAACUUGGCGGCCUUAAACAUUUACAUGAGAAAAUUAUUAAUAGAAUCACACACGUGGUCAACAACGCAUUGGAGGAUCGAAAUGUACAAGGAAGCGCAAAUGUCUCUUCCUUUUUGGAACAGUUUUGUGAACUUUUACAAAAAGAAUUGGUCAUUUCAAGGAAUACAAUGAACGUGAUAUUAUUCCAGAACAAGCACAAGGCCCAAAAUUUUUCUGAAUGCAUACAAUCUUUUUUCACUAAACUGGUGGAUGAGAUUUUACAAGAGAUGAAUUCCCUAGAGAUCGACUAUGUGCUUUCCAUGGUCACUCUGAAACCUCAGGAUCAGCUGUUUAAGAGAGUUUUUGGAUGCGGCAAGCUAUGUCCAUUCUGUAAAGUCCCCUGUGAAGCCGGAGGACAUGACCACGUGCAGCAUUUUGCAUCGGUGCACCGACCUCAAGGGCUGGUGGGGUACAAAGACCUCUCAACCCAUGUCCUUUGUAACUCCAUAUGCUCCACCGAUGUGGUCGGAAACGGAUGCUUUAGAAAUUCAAACACAAACUGGGUCCCUGAGCCUUACAGAAGUUACCGGAAGUUCUAUCCGGACUGGGUCAUUCAAUGUGAUCCAGGCAUCAACGCCUCCGAUUACUGGAAGUUUGUCUUAAAAGAAAUUAAUGACCAGCUUGCAGACGAAUAUGAUUCGAAGCCGGCCCAGAUCCCAACAGGUUGGGGAAAAAUAACAAAAGAGCAUGCAAUGAGAAGUCUAAGGGAAUUAUUUAAUCUUUAA